AAGAAGAAGAAUGGCGAGGAAAGAGCGACGAACCGUACUAUACGACGAAACCGGUAGAGGGAUCGUAUUUCCCGUAUGGAGGCGGGCCGAAGAUUUGUAAGGGAAGUUAUAUGCUAAGCAGGAAGCGUUGAGGAGCAUGGCGGUAUUUUUGAUGAUGUUUGAUGUGGAGUUUGUUAAUGGUAGGGAAGAGGGAGUGCCGAAGCCGAAUAUGCACUACUCCCCCUUUGGAGUUGUGCCCCCAUUAAGACCAGUCCCUGCGAGGAUGAGUGGGGGUGGGAGGGUGAUUGAGGGUAUGAUGGAACUUUGGACCAUGGGGCUUGUAGGAUUUAUAUUUAGCAUACGGUCAUGUAGACCAAGAAAGGAAUUCAGAAGACAAGAGCGGUACGUACUAUCAUCGAACAUUUAGAAUAGGGUAUCAAUAAAUUACAUCUUCGGCAUUGUCUAC